AAAUCAACCGCACUACUACUCCCUUCUUCCUCCCUUCUUCACUUUCACCCAAAACAUAUCAAUUCAUCCAUUCCUUCCCAAUUUCCCCUUUUCUUCUCUCCAUCAAAAUGGGCAACUGUAAUUGUUUGUUCAUCGAUAACAAACCCAUCAGAAUCAUGAAAACCGACGGCAAAAUCCUUGAAUACAAAUCCCCCACUAGAGUUUUCCAAGUCCUCUCCGAUUUCUCCGGCCACGAAAUCUCCGACGCCGUUCCCGUCUCUCAUCAUCUCCACCGAACCGCCAAGCUUCUCUCCGGCCACCUCUACUUUCUCAUACCCAAGGAACCAGAAGAGAAAAAGCCCAAGAAGGCGGUCCGGUUCGCUGAACCGGAGAAGGAGACGGCCACCGGUGGAGGGGUGGUGAGAAUAAAAGUGGUUAUGACGAAAAAGGAGCUGCAGGAAAUGGUUGAAAGAGGAGGAAUUUCGGCAGAGGAAAUGAUUUGUAAGAUUAAAAAUGGAUGUGGGGAAAUUAGUAGCAGAUCAGAAAUGGAAGAAGAAGAAGAUGAUGAUGAUGAUGAUGAAGAAUCGGAGUUACAAAGAUGGAAGCCGGUUCUUGAAAGUAUACCGGAAAGUGAAGUUGCUUGCUAGUUAGUUUUACCCAACUCCGUCCGGUUUUCUUUCUUUCUUCUUUUUUUCUCUUUAUAUACAGAUCAAAGUGUAUAACAAACUUGAAAGAUAGAUAAUGAAAACGAGAAAGUUUUUGUCAUAUAA